CUUGGUGUCCAUUUGCAGCUCACAGCAACGAGCAACAACCAGGUCCAUCGGAGUAACGGAUACAGAGGAAAGUUAUUUCCUGAAGAUAGAGCUGUUCUGCUCCUAACAGCGGGUGGAGCCAUGUCCUCUUCGGCUUAGAGACCCCUUACCGCUGCUACCAAACGCGAUGUCCCACCCCAGACGCAGGUCCUGCUCAUCCUGGUAGAAGAUUGUUACCCUUCCCUUCUUUGUGGACAGCGAGGCUUGCAGAAUCGAAGAACAUUGUCGAUGGCCAUGCUCCCGGAGAACCGUCGCCCAAGGGUGCCGCUUGUCAGACGCAUGACAAUGGGCUGGUUCUUACUGCUCGCUGCACUGCUCCUAUCCUGCGUCGCCACAGUCCUCGGCCACCAGAACAGCGCUGCAAGCUCGGUUGGAGCAGGCUUUAACCCGCCGAACUUUCCUCGAGCCGGUCUUCUACAAGAAGUUCUCACUUCCUCCUCAAGUUCGCCGUCGCGAGGCGGCUCGGUGGACGAUCUGCAGUCCGGAAGCGUGGGUAUCUGUCGGCCUACAGGACACAUCAAGGAUGCCCAAUGCGACUAUGAGACAGUCGAGGCGAUCAAUGCCGACUUUUUCGACCGCCUAUCGAGCAUAGUUCAGCAAAAGUAUUUUCGAUACUACAAGACUGAUCUGUACAAGGAAUGCCCAUUUUGGUUCGACAAUGGCCUUUGCAUGAAUCGCGACUGCACUGUACAGAAGGCUGAAGAGUCUGAAAUUCCAGAGAAGUAUCGCACAAGCCAGUUGUCCUCUGUAUCGACUACGCCCGAUUCGGAAGUGCACGACAGCGGAAGUGGUCAGGACAAGUGCACCUGCCAUGAGGCCGACUUCUGCCACUGGGAAGAUGAGAACUCGGACGAGGCAGUCUACGUGGAUCUGCUCAAGAAUCCGGAGCGCUUCACAGGCUACGCCGGACCCUCGGCCAAUCGAGUGUGGAAGAGCAUCUAUGAGGAGAACUGCUUUGGCGCUGCUGGGGCUUUCAUCGAGCCACCCCGUUCCAAGCAGUCCGGUGGCGGUUCAGGCUUUCCGCAUCUCGCAUCGUCUGGCAACUCGGGCUCUGGAUUCGGCGUGGGUCUGUCGAGCGGAAGCAGCGGCAGUUUGGGUUCAAGCAGCGAUGUAUCUUCGAACCACCCGCUGCAAUCACUCAUGUCCUCCUUGCAAGGCCCAACAGAUCCAGGCGACUCGGAAGUAUGCCUGGAGAAGCGCAUCUUCUACCGCAUCGUCUCUGGUCUGCACGCCUCGAUCUCGAUCCACAUCUGCGACGAGUAUUUAGACCAAAUGACGGGCGUGUGGGGCCCCAACCUCGAUUGUUUCAUCGCCCGCAUUGCCCAGCACCCGGAGCGGCUGCAGAAUGUCUACUUCAACUACGUCCUGCUGCUGCGCGCCUUGGCAUGCGUUGACGAACAUUACGGCGACCUGGAGCGUCUGAUGCUGCCCGGCCAGGAGAUCGACGACGCCUUGACGCGCGCGGACCUGGCGUCGCUGCUGCAGUCUGCAAGCAACAUCCCAACGACGUUCAACGAGCAGAGCAUGUUCGCCGGCCCGAACGCGCGUGGGUUGAAGCAUGAGUUCAAGCAGAAGUUCAGGAAUGUCAGCAGCAUUAUGGACUGCGUCGGCUGCGACAAGUGUCGACUAUGGGGAAAGCUGCAGACCAACGGCCUGGCCACCGCGCUCAAGGUCCUCUUUUCCAUCGGAGGGACCAGCGGUAGUAGUGGCGAUGUUGACCGGACGGCAGCUGCACACCAACGCGGCGAUGCGGAGCAUGCACAUCCGUACACGGCCCAGCCCGCACUGCUGCGGAGUGAGCUCGUUGCGCUCAUUAAUACUGUGCAUCGCUUUGCUGAAAGCCUCAAAGCGGUGGAGACGUUCCGAGCAUUAUACCAGAAGCGUCUGGCUGAGACGGCGGCAGAAAAUGGAGCGCCUGCUUCGUCGCCAGCAUCUGCGCCACACCACAAGCAAGGGUUGGAUCAGGCCCCAUCUGCAUCCGACGCACCCGCGCAGAUUCCACCGGACGACGCGCCGCGGAUAGCGGGCGCUUCGACAGAGACGUUGGCGCCGUCAUCGUCGUCAUCAGCCAAUCGACGACCCGGUCGACACAGCAAGGUCGUGCCAAGAGGACCGGCACUGGAGGAAGCGCCCGCGGAGCACGUCCGAACGUGGCUGCAGUCCAUAGCUGAGAGCAUGCAGAGGUUCUUGCGCACCUGUCAGGCAUCCGUCGAUCAGUGUGUGCGCUGGAUCAAAGCGGACAUCCAGAACCGGUUCGGCGACGAGCUUUAGUACGAAUAGAAGAUUAUCCUGAUCCGGUCGCCCAUCAAGGAAACGGGAAGUGUAGACUUCUGAACCACCCAGCAAGAACGGCUGUUUCACUACAAUUGUACCAUACUUUACACUAUAAACGGGGGCCACCAUAUUUCGAAGAGACCACUCGAU